CAAGUCUAAGCGGCAAAGCGGUCAAUGAAAUGUCCCAUCUUCAAAACCCUAAUUUUUAACCCCCCUCAAUUUCUAAAACCCUGGAACCUCUCCCUAUAAGGAAAUUUCUACGCUUCGAAUACCUUCUCUCCCAAUUAGGGUUUUUUGGUCUGUCUAGGAUCUAGUCUGCUCGGGAGAUGGAUAUGGAUACUUUUCGCUCGAACGCCGUUGCUCUGGAGUGUUUUCUUUGCUCUGUGAUGGAGGCUGUGGUGGUUGAGACUGCCAUUGUCGCUGCCAUUGUCGCUGCCAAGUCUCUUCCUUUCUCUCUCUCGAUGAUGGGACUUUCGCCAAUUGGAAUGGAUAUUUUGCACAAAGAGCCAGACUCAUCUGGAGGGUUUCCAUUGUCUGAGCUGCAUGCAGUGAAAAAACCUGGUCCCGAGAACAAAGAUGCCAGUGAAACAGAGGAUGAUGAAGAUGAGGAGGAGGAUGAUGAUGCGGCAGAUGAUGAGGACGUUGAUGGAGGCAAUGAUGAUGAUGCACAUAAUGAUGGUGGUGAGGGUGAUGGGGAUCCCGAAGAUGAGCCUGAAGCAAAUGGUGAUGGUGGAAGUGAUGAUGAUGAUGAGGAUGAUGAUGAUGAUGAUGAUGAUGAUGGGGAGGAGGAAGAAGAAGAUGAUGACGAAGAAGAGGAUGAGGAGGAAGAUGAGGAAGAGACACCUCAGCCACCUGCGAAGAAGAGGAAAUGAAAGUUUGAUUUUUGUAUCUUUGUUCCUUUAUGUUUUGGCCACCUUUAGUUGGGUUGCAGGGGAAUGUUGCGAUAGUAGAACUCGAGCGUGGAAGGUUAAGGUUGCCUCUUCAACAUAGACGGGAGAAUUAAUAUGUAGCACUUGAUCAACUUUAUUAUUUUAUAUUUCCACUGCUCUAUUAUGUAGUUUA